CAUCGUUAUUGUUUCUAUAGCAUCGCGAGCCUGUUCUAAAUUCCAUUGAAAUGAGUUGAUGUUUGCCUCGCAGAAAGUGCAGCAACAUUCAACCAUGGACAAGUACUACACAUCGGUGGACCCGUUCUUACUUCCCCCCACAGGGAUUAAAAUAUUUCACGAGGCUUCGUGGCUCUUGUUGGCCAAUAUCGCCAUUGGUGUAUUGGUUUCAUACUCACUGGGAUGGGUGAUAUAUAAUUUGUAUUUCCACCCACUCCGCCAUUUCCCCGGGCCAUUCGAAGCCCGCGCCACUCGCAUCUGGUACUGUCGGAAGCUCCUCUCAGGCAAGGUUUCGUUUGAAAUUGGCAAAGUACAUGCCAAAUACGGUGAUGUGGUCCGGAUUGCCCCGGAUGAGCUGUCUUUCAACGAUCCCGCGGCCUGGAACGACAUCUACGGCUAUCGCACUGGCAAAGGCGAGUUUGACAAAGAUCCCACCUUCUACAGCGUCACUUCGUCCGGCCGACUGAGUAUUGUCGGCGCCCCAACCAAGCGUCAUGGCGAGCUGCGACGGAUGAUGGCCCAUGGAUUCUCCGAUCGUGCCUUGCGCGAUCAGGUCCCCGUCAUCAAGCAAUACGGGGAUCUUUUUUUCCGCCGACUGCACGAGAUGAGCCAGACCGGGCAGCCGGUCGACCUGGUGCGGUGGUACAACUUCUUGACGUUCGAUGUGAUUGGCGAUCUGGCCUUUGGCAGCACCUUCGACUGUCUCCAGAACUCGACCUUCCACUACUGGAUCAGCAUUGUCUUUGACAAUAUCAAGCUGAGUGCCUUUCUUCGCUGUACCUUGUACUACCCCCGCUUCAUUCGCCCGUUCUUGCGACUGUUCAUCCCGCAGCAUCUCACCCGGCACCGUCACAACCACAUGCGAAUGACGCGUGAGAAAGCCUUGGCCCGGCUCCAGUCGACCGAUCCUCGGAUGGACCUGCUAUGCCGUCUGGUGAAGCCCGACAGUGGCGUCUCCGAAGCUGAGUUUAUCCAAAACUGUGCCACGGUCGUGGUGGCUGGCAGUGACACGACGGCGAAUGUCCUGGCCGGAACGACGCAUUUUCUAUCGCAGAACCCUCGAGCGUUUGCACGACUGGCGCAUGAUGUGCGGUCGCGAUUCCAGUCCGAGGACGAGAUUACGUUGGAUGCCGUGAACGGGCUUGAAUAUCUGACUGCCGUUCUCACAGAGGGCAUGAGACGCUAUCCGCCCACGCCUGCCCAUCUCCCACGACGCACCAACAUGGAUGAUUACAUCGCGGGUCGAUUUGUGCCGAAGAAUACGACUGUCUCCAUUACCCAGGUGGUCAUGUACCACACGGAAAAAUACUUCCAUCGUGCAUACGACUUUUGCCCCGAGCGAUGGCUGGGCGAUCCGGAAUUCGCGUCUGAUAAAAGAGAGGCUCUGCAACCGUUCAGCUACGGGCCUCGAGGCUGUAUUGGUCGCAAUCUGGCCUGGAUUGAGCUCCGAUUGACCAUCGCGCGUCUGAUUUGGAACUUUGACAUCGAAAAGAUCCCCGGCUACGAGAACUGGCAUUAUCAAAACAUCUAUCUCGGCUGGCAAAAGGUUCCCUUGCCUAUCAGACUCAUUCCUCGUGUGCUGGCGACGACCGAGGCCGCGUGAUAUAUUUUUCUUUUCUUUUUCUUUUCGUUAUGCCAGUGUUGUGAUUUCGGGUUUCCCGCAUCCCUUCCUUUAUUAUACGACAGGUUUCGAAUGUGUUUUGUUGGUUCUAGAUCACAGUCUUUCCAAAUGCUGA